AUGCAUUACCAUUUUUCAGUUCAUAGUUGUUGCUUAAACACAUUAUUUUAUUCUAUUAUCUUCCUUAUUCUCUUCGAUGCUGCAUCUACCACAAAUCAAAUAUCUAAUUAUAUUGACCAUCCUUUCGGUGGGAUCGCAAUUGAAACAAGUAACAGUAGAAAGUUGUUGUCCUACAAAGGUGAUGUUCUUGCCAUCAAUCCAUCACUUUCUAUUGAGAAUUUUAGGUUAAAGAAUGCUUACAUCGCGUUACAAUCUUGGAAAGAAGUAAUUCUCUCUGAUCCUCAUAAUAUAACACAGAAUUGGGUAGGAUCUAAUGUGUGUAAUUACACUGGAGUUUUUUGUUCACCUUCACUUGAUCAGCCCUCUGAACUUACAGUUUCUGGUAUCGAUAUCAAUCAUGGCGAUAUAGCUGGUAAACUUCCACAUGAAUUAGGUUUACUAUUUGACAUUGCAUUGAUUCAUAUAAAUUCUAAUAGGUUUUGUGGUACAAUACCUGAGAGUUUCUUGAAUUUGAAGCUUCUUUUUGAGUUAGAUCUUAGUAAUAAUCGAUUCGUUGGGAAGUUCCCUGAUGUGGUUGUUCAAAUGCCUAACUUGAAGUUUCUUGAUUUGAGGUUCAAUGAGUUUGAAGGUGCAUUGCCAAAGCAACUUUUUGAAAGGGAUUUAGAUGCUCUGUUCAUUAACAACAACAGAUUUUCUUUUGAGUUGCCUGAUAACUUUGGGAAUUCGCCAGUUUCUGUUAUGAUUUUGGCUAACAACAACUUUGUGGGAUGUGUACCUGUUAGUAUAGGCAAAAUGGUUAGAUUGAACGAGUUGCUUCUCUUAAAUAACAAGUUACAUUCAUGUUUGCCAAAUGAUAUUGGGAUGCUGAAGAAUGUGACUGUGUUUGAUAUAAGUUAUAAUGAAAUGAUGGGCACUUUACCUGAUAGUAUUGGAGGGAUGAUGAGCUUGGAGCAGUUGAAUUUGGGUCAUAAUAUGUUUUCUGGAAUGAUUUCUAGCAACAUAUGUACACUUCCAAAUUUGGAAAAUUUUGUCUAUGAGCACAAUUACUUUUCAGAAGAGAGUCCAGCUUGUCUAAACUUGAAUGCAUUUGCUGAUCAACAGAAUUGUCUUAGAGGAAGGCCAAUGCAGAGAUCUGCAUUAGAUUGCCAAAGAUUUUUGUCAAAUGAAGUUGAUUGUACCACUUUCAAAUGUGCAUUACCUCCACCGUCUCCACCACCUACCACCCCUCCACAAAACAACUGUUGUGUUUGUUUGUCUCCACCAUCACCAUCUCCAUUGCCAUCUACCGAGCCACCAUCAUCCCCACUACCACUACCUGCACCAUCAGCAUCGCCUUCUCCACCAAGCAUAUCACCAUCACCUUCUUCACCUCAGCCACCAGACUUGCCAUCACCUUCAUUUGUAGAGCCUCCACUACCUUCUCCUCCACCGUGUGAAAAUCAGAGAAUACCAUCAAGUCAAGAUAUGUCAUCUCCUUCACCUUGAAAGUCGUUAUGUAAGGUUACUCUUCUUGGUAUCAUCUUUCUCACUCAAUGGAACUUUAAAUCAUUCCUGGGAAUACAGGACAUCCGCAGAAGGAGCUGUGAAUUGAGAUGCAAG